CCCAAAGUCGGGCAUCCGAGUCUGGGCAAGAUGAGCGACAAGCCUGCGGUCGUGAUUGACAAUGGGACGGGGUUUACCAAGAUGGGGUACGCUGGCAACGCCGAACCGAGCUACAUCAUUCCGUCGACAAUUGCAGUCGGUGCGGACAACUCUACAAGCGGGGGUCGCACUGGUGGUACCCGCGUCGGGCAAAGUCAAGGCAUUGAUGACUUGGACUUCCACAUUGGGCAGGCUGCUUUCGAGAACUCGUCGACGCACCAACUGAACUACCCCAUCAAACAAGGUAUCAUCGACAACUGGGACAAUAUGGAAAAGUUGUGGCAGCGCUGCUUGUUUCAGCAUCUACGAUGUGAACCCGAGGACCACUACAUGCUCCUGACAGAACCCCCGCUGAACCCUCCCGAGAACCGCGAAGCCACGGCGGAAAUCAUGUUUGAAACGUUCAACGUCCCGGGGUUGUACAUUGCCGUGCAAGCAGUCUUGGCACUGUACGCGUCGUGGCCGAAAGUCAAGGACCCAUCGCAGCGAUCGCUCACGGGCACCGUCAUCGACUCGGGUGACGGUGUGACCCACGUGAUCCCCGUCGCGGACGGCUACGUGAUCGGCAGUUGCAUCAGCCACGUCCCACUGGCCGGACGCGAUAUCACGUCAUUCAUCCAGCGCAUGAUGCGCGAUCGUGGCGAAGUCGUGCCCCCAGAAGAGUCGCUCGAAGUUGCUCGAAAAGUGAAGGAAUUGCACAGCUACGUGUGCCCAGAUAUUGUGAAGGAGUUUAAAAAGUACGAUGCCAACCCGGCCAAGUACAUCUUGCCUUACUCGGACGUCCACCCCCGCACCAAGCAACCGUGGCAAGUAGACAUCGGGUAUGAGCGAUUUCUUGCUCCCGAGAUCUUCUUCAACCCGGAGAUCUUUUCCACCGACUUCACGACGCCGCUGCCGAACGUAGUGGACCAAGCAAUUCUCAAGUGCCCCAUCGACUGCCGCCGCGGGUUGUAUAAGAACAUUGUGCUCUCGGGGGGGUCGACCAUGUUUAAGGAUUUCGGUCGCCGUCUCCAGCGCGACGUGAAGCGACUCGUGGACGACCGGCAGCAGGCCAACUUGGCGCUGCACUCCAAGUACGCCAAGCAGCACGCAGAAGAGCUCGACGUCAAUGUGAUCAGCCACCGCAUGCAGCGAUUCGCCGUUUGGUUUGGCGGGAGCAUGGUGGCGUCGACGCCGGAGUUCCAUCGCGUGUGCCACACCAAGGCCCAGUACGACGAAGAAGGCCCCCGCAUUGCCCGACACAACCCCGUCUUCUCGGCCACCAUGUAGAGAGUGGAAGUUGCUGACAUCAAACAUCGUCGUCGGUGUGUUGAACGUAGAUCGAGCUCAACGUCGUUUCUGCAGAAUGCUACAGCGUCAU